AUGGAAAUCCCAAGGUCAAUGGCUCAAGCGAGAAAAAGUCCUAACUGGAAAGAAUGGGAUAAUGCUUCUAAGGAAGAAUGGAGCUCACUCAUGAAAAAUCAUACUUGGGAUCUGAUUGACAAACCAGAUGGUGCUCGGGUUGUAGGCAGCAAAUGGCUCUAUACAAUCAAGUCUGGAAUUCCCGGAGUAGAACUGAAACGGUUUAAGUGCAGACUUGUUGCUCAGGGUUUCUCUCAGACUGAAGGGGUUGACUACAAUGAGAUCUUCUCGCCUGUCGUCAAGCACGUAUCGAUCCGGAUUAUGCUAUCUGCAGUGGUAAACAGGGAUUAUGAGUUAGAGCAGAUGGAUGUUAAAACAGCAUUCUUACAUGGAGAUCUGGAGAGAGAAUUCUAA